CAGGUAGCCCUGGAGAAGGGGUGCAGUUUUGUUCAGUGGGGUAAGGCGAGUUUUUAACCGUAUAUUUAAAAAACAGCAUUUUCUCUUUAUUUGUUGAUUUUCAUUGUUUUAGAUGAAAAAGCUCCAGCUAAUUUUAGGAGUGCUGUUUCUAAGAAUCAUAAAUAAAGCGAUGUUUCUUGAAUAAUCUGACAUUGCUUCUUACAGUUUUGCCCUUGGAUGAGGUGUGUAAUACGUGUAAUUAUUUGGUGAAACCUGAUAUGUGUCUGCCACACCUGGCUACUGGUUUCUGCCUUCUCCACUUACUGUGUGUGUCUGAUGUUACCUACAAAUCAAAGGGGCUGAACUUAGUGAUUUACUUCUAAAGAAUAGAAUCUGGUUGAAGGGAUACUAUGUAAUUUACAUGGCUACAGGACUCCUGUGGAAGAUGCGACUCUGUUUUCCAGAACGUGUUUCCAAGCCCAUCAGUGAAACAUGAGGCCGCUGCUCGGGGUUGAGACGCUGGGAGAACACCUGCCUGUCCCUUGGCGCCUUCCACUCUACUGAAACCAUGGUCUUCUCCGCAAUGUUGACUGCGUCCCAUGCUGGGGCAACCAACGCGACAUUCGUCGUCUAUGAAAGCACCCAUAUGAAUAUGACGGUCCCACCACCGUUCCAGCCUCCUGGUGUUGGGCCGCUGCUUAGAUACAGUUUUGAAACCAUGCCUCCCACGGGGAUGAGUCCCUUGACCGCAAAUGGCACAGCUGUACCCCCAACACCAGCAGUUUAUAAGGGCCUAAACCUGCCUCUCCAGAUCAUCCUGUCUGCUAUAAUGGUAUUUAUUCUGUUAGUGUCUUUUCUCGGGAACUUGGUGGUUUGCCUCAUGGUUUACCAGAAAGCUGCCAUGCGAUCUGCCAUUAACAUCCUCCUCGCCAGCCUGGCGUUCGCAGACAUGCUGCUUGCAGUGCUGAACAUGCCCUUUGCCUUGGUAACUAUUCUCACUACCAGGUGGAUUUUCGGGAAGUUCUUCUGUAGGGUAUCUGCUAUGUUUUUCUGGUUGUUUGUGAUUGAGGGCGUAGCCAUCCUGCUCAUCAUUAGCAUUGAUCGGUUCCUUAUUAUAGUCCAGAGGCAGGAUAAGCUAAAUCCAUACAGGGCUAAGGUUCUGAUCGCAGUUUCUUGGGCGACUUCCUUUUGUAUAGCUUUCCCUUUGGCUGUAGGCAGCCCUGACCUGCAGAUUCCUUCUCGAGCCCCGCAGUGCGUGUUUGGGUACACAACCGAUCCAGGUUACCAGGCUUACGUGAUUUUGAUUUCUCUGAUUUCCUUCUUCAUACCCUUCCUGGUGAUACUGUACUCGUUUAUGGGCAUACUCAACACUCUUCGGCACAAUGCCUUGAGGAUCCAUAGCUACCCCGAGGGCAUGUGCCUCAGCCAGGCCAGCAAACUGGGUCUCAUGAGUCUGCAGAGACCCUUCCAGAUGAGCAUUGACAUGGGCUUUAAAACACGUGCCUUCACCACCAUCCUGAUUCUCUUUGCUGUCUUCAUCGUCUGCUGGGCCCCGUUCACCACCUACAGCCUUGUGGCAACGUUCAGUCAGCACUUUUACUAUAAGCACAGCUUCUUUGAGAUUAGCACCUGGCUACUGUGGCUCUGCUACCUCAAGUCUGCAUUGAACCCCCUGAUUUACUACUGGAGAAUUAAGAAAUUCCACGAUGCCUGCCUGGACAUGAUGCCCAAGUCCUUCAAGUUUUUGCCGCAGCUUCCGCGUCACACAAGGCGACGGAUACGGCCCAGUGCUGUGUACGUGUGCGGGGAACAUCGGACGGUGUUGUGAAUAUGGGAGCUGAGCUGCCUGACAUUUGAGGUCAUGGUUGCUCUUUAUCUGACUCUGCAUUUUCUUCCACAUGGCUUUUCCACUCACACUUGACUGUUUUUUAUAGGUUCGUGUGUAAGUGCGUGUGUGUGCAGUGUAUAGAAAGAAUGGUGACUAGUUAUAAUUCUGUUACCAAGGAUACACACUAGGGAAGUGAUCAUAGAUGUUACCUCCAGGAUUUGAGAGAAAUCCUCAAUUUAGGGUGGGGAGUUGGUUUUUCGUUUCUUUGGUUGAUUUCGUUCUGGAAGUAGGAAUCAGGAUUGUGCUUUACUGAGCCUGCACUUACACUGACUUAAUUGCAAGUGUUUUGUAUGCUGCUCAGAUGCGCUUAGUUGAGUUGAUUAAUUCUUUUCUUCUGGAAGACACUGCUGCUUUUUGCCAUUGUAUUGGAGCCAAAAACCACGUACAUCUCAGUAGAUAAAGAUUUACUUUUAUUUAAAAAAACACACCCAAGGGGGUUAGUGACAUUUCAAAGGUCAUUAAUAUUUACUUUGGUGCACUUUAAGAAACAAUGUACAAACUAAUUCAGUCAUGUUUUUCAGAAUUGUUUUUAUACAUGACAUGUUUGUGCUUUAGGAAACAUUGCAUUGUCAUUUCUAGCAAGAUAGUUUUUAAAAAUGUUUUAUCUGCAUGUGCAGUUUUAAAGUAGAGAACAUAGAAAUGUAGAGAUUUUUCUAAGCACAAUAGCAAUUCUUUAGAGCAAUAGGGCAAAGUCAAGGAGACAGAGAAUCCUUGCAUAUUUAAAUGGGAUGCAGUGAGGGGUGGCUGUUGCGGGCUUUGGUGAUUCCUUUUACUCCAGGAUUCUCACUGCAUCCAGCAGGGAGAAGGGCCUGCCGCCUAUUGGACACCUACCAUGUGCCAGGCACUGUGCAUCAUUUUAUCCCCACAGCAUCCUGUGAGGUAGGUAUUAUUUUUUCCUUUACACAUGAAGAAAGCAAGUCUCAGAGACUAAAAUCCUGCCCAAGGUUAGUGGUUGAGCCAGGAUCCCAAAAGUCUUGAGGCUGUGCACUCACUGUGCCACGCACACACCAUUCAGGUUCAGAUGUUUCACAGUCAAGAGGAACUUUGCAUAUCCUUUUAUUUUUUAAGACUAUAAAACCUUUUAAAAAAUAACUUAAUUUUUUUACUACCAAAAGAAAUGUGAAACUAUUGCAGAAAGUCUGGGAAAUAUAAAAAUGAAAUCACCCACAACCACCCUUUCACAAUGGAACCUUAAAAUAUUAGAUAAAUAGGGCUAUCAGGAUGUAAGGUGAUUUUUUGGUUUACAAAACAAAUGACUGACAAUUUGGAGAAGUUCAGUACAGCUGUAUGUAGGUCUCCGCCUUGCGGGUUUGGAGGUUUCCAGUUGUUCAGCUGUUUUUUAAUGUUCUAGGGCUUCUAGGACAGCACUGUUAUCCGUGUGAGCCCAUAGCAGAGCUGGAGUUUGUGAGUGUGCUCAGAGGUGAGGCUCCUACAAAGCAAAGAUAAGCCCUGGUCUGAGUGUAGUUGUAAUAUGGCAGGUCUAGGGUUUCAAAUUAUUUUUCUCUUGCUGAUGAUCUGACCGCCUUGGUGCAUUUAGACCCUUUGGUCCCCUUUUGUCUGGAGCCACUAAUACACUUUAUAAAAUAGCUGACAGGAACGAAGGCAGUAAGGGCUGAAAGUGUAGCCUCGUGGCUACACCAUGGGCUUUAUAAGUAGGUAAGUAAACCAUGAACACUUUUUGGACUUAUAGCACCUUUUUGGAAUUUUAGUGCUUUGUAGACUAGUGGGACAAAUGAGCCUCUGUUUUUUCAGCUGUACAACCAGAGAGUUGGAUUUGAUGAAUCUGAGGUCUGGCCCAACUAUAAUAUGCUUUCCUCCCUGUGAGAGUGGAGAUCUUUGAAGAGCCCAGUGGACGUCAGCCUCACUCUUUGGUCUCCAGUAUUAUUUCUUUACAUUUUAUUUCAUUAGUUACUUCUUAUCAUUGACCAUCUGAAGAGCACGCGGCACAGUAUCAGGAGUUAGGACUUAAGGAGGUUGAUGAGAUCACAAAAAACCUGGGAAACCCUGCUCUUGCAAUUGUAAUGGUGUUGGAACUCAUUUUCCAGUUAAAGAACUUUUUCUGGACUCAUGUAUAUUAUUUAAUAUGUUUUGGUAUCAUCUGAUGAUGAUAGUCACCUACCUCUUUGGUUUCUACUUAUAUUAUUCACAGGUAAAUCUGUUGUGCCCAUAGGGAUCUUACAGAACAUAAACACUAUAGUAGAUACUAGUAGCACACUGAAGUAUAUCAUACUGUCCAUUUUCAAUAUAAACUGGAUUUCAAGCAGAUAUUAAAUACAUUUGAAAUUAAACUUUCUCUAAGGAAAGUCGGCAUGCUCUGUAUUCUUCUUACAAUAUAUAUUGGCAGUAGGUCUUGAGACUCCUUUUUGGUUGGAGUUGAAACUGCGCUUUUGUUUUACUUGUCCUUUUAUGAGCAGUCCUUAGGUACUUCUGUGCUGCUUGGCAGGCGGCGCAUCCUCUGGCAAGCGCUCUGGACCGCCUGCUGAGAGCUGAGGUGCUCGGCGUUUGUGAAAGAAGAAAGAAGGGGCCUUGUGAGAAUUUAGCAACACCGAUCAGCAGUUCUCUUUACACUGGAUAGUCUUGAUCAGAUGACAGUUUACAAACCAUUUUGAACGUUUUUAUUAUGUAUACAAUUUGAAAGCUUUUAAAAAAAAGGUACUAUGGAGUACCUUUGAAAAAUUUAGGUGCAGACUCCUAUGUUGCCUACUCCCCUGUGUUUUCUUGCGGGGAAAAUAAACACCACUACUAAUUAUCACCACUGACUGGCAUAAUCAGAAAUGUGUUUGUUUUCGUUUUCCUUAUGGCUAAUAAGCAUGAAAGACAUAGUGAACUAUUUGUGGUCGAAUGAAAUCCCCAAUAGUCUGGAGUAGUGAUAUUCAAACUUUAAGUAUUCCCAGAGGGGCUGGGAUUGGGCCCAGAAUGCACACUUUUAUUUCAUUGAGCAUUCUGCCUGAUCCUGUUGCAGGUGGUCCCUGGGGCAUACUUCAAAACACACUUCUAUCAAAAAUAUACCCACUUCAAUAUUGUCUGUUUUACUCGGAAAUGUUUGUUUUGUGUUGGAAGCCGUUACCUUCUCGUGCAUGGGUAAUCCGCAUCCAGAGGAAAAUCUGCUUAACCUUGUGCCUAAUUUGCUGCCAUGUGUGUUAGUGCUGGAUGUCAGCAGUAUUAGCUUUACCUUCUUUCAACUGGCAAAAUUCUGAUAAGCCAUCUCAUUUCAACAGGAGAGCAAAAGGAGUGACUUAAUAUUUGGAAGUCGUGACUUUCUAGAGUCUAGUUCCUCUAAUAUCUUUUCUCCCAGAGAGGUGUUUUUAUUGUAUGUAACCUCCUGAAGACUAUGAGGGGAAUGUAAAGAUUCAUCUAGUUCUUGCUGCUCUCCUUAUGCCAGUCAUGUUCAAUGGAAGCAUGAAGAAAAUAAAAUAACCUUUUAAAAUCUGUGUAUUUUGGUUGCUAACAAAGAUAUUUAAUUUUUCUUGAUCUUUGCUUUUGUUUACAUGAAAAUAUUUAUGUAUAUAUCACAGAAAAGUUUUCACUUGCUUGACAUUUUAUUCUGCCAUGAUUUUUAGUUUUAAGUUUAAAGGACUAAAUUCAGAUUUAUUUUCUGAACCAUAGUCCUUCCAAAACUGCCUUCAUUGAAAACUCAGUUUUUAUAAUAAAAAUAUCAAAAAAACAUGUUUGUUAUUACAGGUAAAUGGUAAUACAUUUCUUAGGUAUAUAUUGGUACUAGGACUUUGUAAUUAAAAAUAAUUUAUUUUAAAAUAGUAGCUGACCUGUCCGGGGAAAAAGAAAACACUUUGAAUUUUGGACUGUUAAUAGUCAGAAAUCAAAAAAAAGUAUGGUUAUUUAUGCAUAUUCUUACUACAACCAGGAAAUGUGCUACCAAUAAGAAAAUAAAUGUUUAACGUUUCUAAAAGAGUUUUUUUUUUUUUUUAGGACUACUUUAUCCUAUCUUAGAAAAUUUAUCAUGAAUAAUACUUCCUGUUAAAUUAAAAUCUGAGUUUAGUUUCAAA